UCUCCAGGGGUUACCUCCCCCACCCCAGAUUCUGCAGCCCCACCUUCUUCUCUGCUCGGACAGUGGGUUUAAAUGGUGCCAUGGAAGAAUCUGAAGAGUCUCCCAAGACCUGACUCCUGGGAACGGACGCAACAGAGAAACAGGCUCGCACUGGCCAGGGAUAUGGCCGCUGGGCGGCGGAUGCUGGGUGUGGCCUGGGCCACCUUGGGGACGGGGGUGCUGGGGCUGCCCUGCCGCAGCAUGGCCUCCCUCGCCUCCCGGAUGGCAGCGUACCGGAGGAUGUGGAAGCCUGUGGAGCCCCAGGGGUGGGCUGAGCAGUACAGGGAGCGGUUCAUCCCCUUCUCCAAGGGGCAGCUGGUCAGCAGCCUUCUCAAGGAGUUCCACUCUUCCAGUGACGCCGAGCGCGCCUCCUUCUUGGCCUUCGUGGCACGAGUGGACUCUUCCCUCCUGCAUCACUACCAUUCUCUCCUGGGGCACUUGCAGGCUCUCUACGACCCCAUUAACCCCGACCGGGACACCCUGCCAGAAUUGGCUCUGAGUGACACCGAGCGCCUGGCUAAGGAGCGGCAGGUCCUGGCUGAGUUGGAACCGGUGCUGGAUCAGGCCAACUUCAACAGUCUGUCGGAGGAUGCCCUGGCCUACGCCCUCAUCGUGCAUCACCCUCAGGAUGAUGUCCAGGUUUCAGUGAACUUGGAUCAGUAUGAGUACAUCCGGUUCUGGGCCCUCGGCCAGCGUGUUGGAGUCCUCCCAAUUAAAUCCACGCUGGGGCCCCGGAAGGGGCUGUUCAGCACGGCCCGGACCCCCGUGGAAAGGCAUUAUUUCAAGCGGGUGCUGGUGGCGGCCCGGCCCAGGAACGCCCACCUGGUGCUGAAGUGCUUUAAGGACAUCCCCUUGGAGGCGCUGGAGCAGCUGCUGCCGGGCGUGAGGAUCCGCACGUCCAUCUUCUACAAGACGCUGCUGAAUGUCAUGCUGGUGGUGAGCGGGCUGGUCCUCUUCGUCAAUGUUGGCAUGGUGGUGCUGUCCGACCUCAAGAUCGGCACCAGCUUCCUGCUGCUCUGCUUCGCCGCCUUCAUGUCCUUCCGCGCCUGGAAGGUGUUCAGGCAACGGCGGAACAUCCACUCCCUGGAGCUGGCGCACAUGCUGUAUUACCGCAGCACCUCCAACAACUCGGAGCUGCUGGGGGCGCUGGUGCUGCGGGCCCAGGAGGAGCAUGCCAAGGAGCUGAUCCUGGCACACAGCUUCCUGCGCCGGCAGCCAGCCCGGCCCCCGCACGGCCUCGCAGACCCUGAGACUCUGGCUGGCCUUCAGGAGCACGUCCAGUCGUGGCUGCGGCUCCACUCGGGCCUGGAAGUCUCCUUCUGUGCCGACCGCGCCUGCCGGCACCUGCUCAACCUAGAGGGGGGGCACCGGGCCGAUCCUGCCAUGGCCCCUGGGUCCCACUGAUGCCCCCUGGCCGUUUGCAGCGUGGGCACCUCCAAUCCCUCCUCCCGGCUAUGCUACAGCCGCUCUGGGAGGAAGGGCAGGGACAGCACUGGAGGGGGGGCCCCUAUGGAGCAUGCAACACCCAGGAAGGGGAGGAGAACUGAGCCCCCCCCCCAUGCGCACACACUCUGAGCAUGUUCCUGGUGCCUUCUGGGAGUCCCGCCAACUCCCAUGCUUGGCAUGGCCCUGCCGUUACCCAGCUACUGCCAGGGCUGGAUUGCUGGGUCGUUAACCCCCUCUGGGCUGCCUGGUGCCCGAGGGGUUCUGUUGGCCACCGUUCAAGAAGGAUGCGUGGACGUUGGCAGGGGAGCGCCGGCUCAUUGACACCAAUGGGUCAAAGGCUAUUCAGCCGGGAGGGCUCUGGCCCCAUUACAGCCCCUCCCCCCAUCUCCCACAAGGGAUUUGGACCCUGGAUUUCCCUUCUCUUUGGCAGAAAGAGAGUGCCCAAAGGCCACCCGGCCAAACCCUCCCUGCUGUGCCCGGACCCCAGCACUGGCUGCCCAUGGCGCAUGGAUUUGCACCCAGCGCCUCUCUGGGAGCGAGUGUCCGCACUGCUGUGAGAGGAGCGGGAUUGGCCCACCCGACCCGAGCCAGUGCAGAAUUCAGGCCAUGAAGGGCAUGCAGAAUUCAGGCCGUGAUUUCCGACGGACCGGCCGGUUGGCAGGGGCUGCUUCGCUCUGGCUCCUCCCAUGAUUUCCUCUGCUGCUCAUUUUCACAGCGCCUGGCCUCGAUUUAUGUGUGAGAAAGGGACUUUCGGGCAGGAGUGGAAGAACACUGGGCCUCCUCCCCCCAAAUGAAAGCACUUUAGUUGCCACGGGUGGGACUGCUCGCAGCACACCUCCCAUUGCGCCAGGGCCAGUUCACGCCUGCGGGGGAGCUGGCCACAUUGACUCCGGGCUAGUCAGGCUCCAAGCCAGCACCUUUCCCUAGAGGGGGGGGAGAGAACCCAGGAGUCCUGGCUCCCAGCCCCGGAUGAGCGAAGAUAAAAUGUCUUAGCCUUAGGAGCCCAGCUUUAUUCCCCGGCCUGAAAGCCUCUCUGCGGGGAAGGGAGUUCCUACUGUAUUUGCAGUGCAAUAAAGAGGUUUGUUGUUUGA